CAUCAGCAUGCGCCAGGCAGAGGGGCGGUUCGCCACAGCUUUAAAGGGAUAGUUAGCGCAAUGUUGCUUGUUACUUGCAACCGCAAAUAGUCGCCAUUGUAUUUCUACAAAGAUCACCUGUAGAAAUGACUAGGCACAGUUUUGCAUGGAGUAACUGAAUGGGACAUCUGACUUGAUGAUGUCAAAGCUGUCUCUGGGAGGAAAACAAUCCUCGGGAAAAAUAAACAGCUGGGUGGAACCAUCAUUUGGUGAACUUUUGGGAGGAGUCAACAGAUCCCUGAAAAAGGGGCCACUCUCAGGGGAAAGCAAAAGUACCCGGUGGCUGUCUACUGGGAACCAAGCAGAGAAAAAGUCCAGGAAGAGGAAAGUAGAUCCCAAUGUGUCCAGCAACCAGAUCAGUGAGUCAAGUGAAGCAUAUAAACCAGACCAGGAUGAGCCUUGGGUGGAUAUGUAUACUCCCCAAUCUCAGGCCGAAUUGGCAGUCCACAAAAAGAAGGUUGAAGAAGUUGAAGGCUGGUUGAGAGUCCAUUUGGACAAAUCAAAAAAGGGUGGCGCCAUUCUGUUGCUCACUGGCCCCUCAGGAUGUGGGAAGACGGCGACUGUUCAAGUUCUGGCCAAGGAUUUAGGUUUUCAGAUCCAAGAGUGGUCAAAUCCCUCCGCCACCUCUCAGUACAAAACGGAGGAUUUGUUCAAACAAAGCUUUGAUCCAGAUUCAAGGUUUAACAGUUUCCAUGGUAGCUCACAAACAGGGUUGUUCCAAGAGUUCCUGCUAAGAGCCAACAAAUACAACCGUCUACAAAUGAGUGGAGAGAAAGUGACCGAAGACAGGAAAAUAAUUCUUAUAGAGGAAUUUCCAAACCAAUUCUAUAGGCAACCAGGGUGCUUGCACGAUGUACUCAGGCAAUUUAUUAAGACUGGCCGGUGCCCACUGGUCAUCAUUGUGUCCGAUAGCCUUAGUGGGGAUAAGAACUCUAGACUUCUCUUUAAGGAUGUUUUGCAUGAGCUUGACAUUCACAGCAUUAGUUUUAACCCUGUGGCCCCCACCAGUAUGAUGAAGGUCCUAAGCCGCAUUGUAACCACUGAAGCAGGAAAGAGUUCUGGCAGGAUCUCUGUUCCUGAUAAAGGUGCUCUAGAUCUUCUUUGCUCAGGAAGUUCAGGAGAUAUUCGCAGCGCCAUCAACAGCUUGCAGUUUUCUUCAUUUGCCGGUGAGAAAAUGGGUAUCAAACCUGUUUUAUAUAACAAUUGUCUGGAGAAAAGACUUUGGGCUUCCAAGAAGGGCAAAUCCACAGCAAAACCUGUCGUGAGGGCAAAGGGCAGGAACAAGUCUUCAAAAUCAACCGACAUGCAGGACGAAUGCCUAGCUAUUGGAGGGAAAGAUGCUUCUCUUUUCCUUUUCAGAGCUUUAGGGAAAAUCCUCUAUUGCAAACGUGAAAGCUACGAAAGCUCUCAGUCACCCAAGCUGCCUCCACAUUUAACAGAUCAUCACAGGGACAGACUACUUGUCGAUCCUGAACUUGUCAUUGAGCGUUCCCAUAUGUCUGGGGAAUUCUUCAACCUCUACCUGCAUCAGAACUACCCUGACUUCUUUUCGGAUGUGGAGGAUAUAGCACGAGCCAGCGAGUACCUCUCUGAUGCAGACUUCCUGACAGCAGAGUGGAGUUCAAGGUCGACUAUGUUGGAAUAUGGCUCAUCAGUGGCCACUAGAGGCCUUAUGCACUCAAACACUUCUCGAGCGCAAGCCAGCAGUCAGUCCAAUGCCGGAUUCAGGCCUCUUCAUAAACCGCAUUGGCUACACAUAAACAAGACGUAUCGAGAGAAUUACCUGACAGCUCAGUCGCUCUUCUUAAAUUUUUGCCUUACUCCUGUGAGCCUCCUGACAGAAAUGGUGCCUUACCUUGCAAAGCUCACCAACCCAAUGAGAAAUCAAGCUCAAAUAGCCUUUAUCCAGAAUGUUGGCCAUCUUUCUCAAAAGAGGGUUCCUGGAAGGCUGAGACUUGAAGCACUUAAUGACAAAGACCCUGGCAUUUUGGAUGCUGACAGUGAAAAUGAAGAUUCUGCUGCUGCUCAGUCACUUGACCCAGAAUCCACAGCAGGAAAUGUCACAACUGAACCCGCACUGCCAAACAGCCAGGAUCCUCCCGGGGAACUUCCUGCCAGCCAGCCCCAGCCCACAAGCACUGAAGCCCUUUUGGAUGAGGAAGACCUCUUAAUUGAGGAAUACGACAGUGAUUGACUGCCAUCACAUGCCAUGGACAUAUUUAAUAUCACUUGCCCUGAUGCAGUUGUUGUACCUUUUAACUAAUAGGUUUAUGCUGUUGUUUGUUCAUGUUUUAAGAUGGUAAUUAUUAGUAGGUAUUUAUGUUCCUCAACACAGUAUUUUGCUGUAGAGAAUUGUUCAUAUUCAUUUUUAUUUGUGUUGAAAAUGUUCUAUUCACAGUUUCAGCUACUUUUGUUUCAGAAGAUAUUAGUGAAAGUAUAAUAAAAAAAAAUACAGUUUGACCAUUUACAGCCAUAAUUAAUGAUUUAUGUUGUAACGUUUUGACUGUCAAGUGACUGCAAUAAAUCAAUGUUUGCAACUUUGA